AUUCUCAUGGUAGCCACCGUUAAACAUUGUAUUCCUUCAUUCCUCAUUUAUUUCCAUUGAUCUGCCACUGAAGUGAACUGAAAUAAAUACUUGCAAUAGCAUUUUACUGUGAAACAGUGUAAGUUGGUAUUAUGCGCUGUUCUGUGCUAUUUGUAUAAUACUGUUUACGAAAUACCAAAUACUAGGGUUGUUAUAGCCGAACAGUUUUUGUGUUACAUUUAACCAGUUUAAAACCAGCUCAUCGCUUCAUCUUUUGAUAGAUGAAGUUUGACUAGAAAUAGUAAAAUUGAUCUGUGUACAUUUCAAAAGUUUCAAUGAUGAUAUUCAUCAAAACAAAAUCAUUAUCAUCGUUGUUUGUCAAAACAAUAUACACUCCUUUAAACACAUUCGGAUUUGGUCGUGCUAGUUUGAGAGUUAGAAGUAUGGCUUCAUUUACCAAUGGAGAAGUUGCUGUCAUUACUGGGGCUAGUUCCGGCAUCGGGGCUGGAGCUGCGAUCAAGUUUGCCCAACUGGGCGUUACUAAAUUGUGUCUGGCUGGACGGAAUGUUGAUGCUCUAAAGGAGACGCAGAAGACGUGUAUUGAGAUGUCGAAUGACAAAUUGAAAGAAGAAAAUGUGCUGCUUCUAACGGGUGAUGUCACUGACGUGUCAAUCUCGAAGAACAUCGUUGACAAAACUAUUGAAAAGUUCGGACAAAUUGACAUUUUGGUCAACAGCGCCGGAAUAAUCAAAUCAGGCCCAUUCGAAACAUCCUCUGUCGCGAAUUUCGACGAACUUAUGAAUAUUAAUGUGCGAUCUGUUGUCGUUUUAACGCAGUUAUGCAUUCCUCAUUUGAAAAAGACAAAAGGAAGCGUCGUUAACGUGUCGUCUGUGAACGGGAUUCGAUCCUUUGCCAAUGUGGGCUACUACUGUAUGAGCAAAGCAGCUGUGGAUAUGUUCACAAAGUGCUUGGCUUUAGAAUUAGCUCCUGAUGGUGUUCGUGUCAAUGCGGUGAAUCCGGGAGUAGUAGUUACCAACAUUCAUAAGCGAGGCGGAAUGGAUGACGAGCAGUAUAGAGGGUUCCUGGAACGAGCGAAACAAACCCACCCACUUGGGAGACCGGGCGAAACUGAAGAAGUGGCUAAUGCUAUCACGUUUCUAGCAAGUAAACAAGCCAGUUUUAUGACCGGCAAUUUGACCCCAGUUGACGGCGGAAGAAAUUGUGUCUGUCCCAGAUGAAUUUGCUAAAGACGUUUUCAAACCUGAUAACGACACGCGUUUCGUAAAUCGAAA